UCGACAAAUCUGCAUGCAAGAAAGCAAAUUGCAAAGACAACAUUUAUAUUGAUAGACAGAGUAAAAGUCGGCAUCUCUGCCUUGGUGUUUCUUCCUGAAUAUUUUGAAGUCGGUUUUCUCGCGUUGUUGGAGCUGUAAGCUUGAAGGAGCAAUGAUGAUGGCGUUACUGGUGAAACAAAGAACAUCCUUGAUGCUUUCGAUGAUCCUGACGCUGUGGCUCUCCAGCAGUCACUUUGUCGCCCAGGAAGAAUUAAAAGGGGCUUCAGGUUGCUGUGGUACCUGCUUGCAAGGACCAGCUGGAACACCUGGCGUCCCUGGGAUCCCUGGGAAUUCAGGAGGGCAAGGACCUAUUGGCCCCAGAGGUGACCCUGGCAUUGGCCUGCCUGGACCCAAGGGGGAAACUGGCGACCAGGGACUGAAGGGAAACAAAGGCGAACGGGGGAUACAGGGACUUCCAGGGAAGUUGGGACCUGCGGGUCGAAAGGGAGACAUCGGUGAGGGGCAGAGAGGUGACCAGGGGCAGCAAGGAGUCCAAGGACCACCUGGUGAAAAGGGGCAAAAGGGUCAAUCAGGAGAUUCUACCAUGGUUACACCAACACUGCCCUCUGCUGUUGCAUUCAGUGCUUACCGUACAACCCAAGUCACAGGCAAUGGUGAUGUCAUCAUUUUUGAUAACAUCGAAACGAAUCUCGGCGAUGGGUAUAAUUCGCAAUCUGGGGUGUUUACAUGCUCAAUGCCGGGGGCGUACUUCUUCACAACCAGCUUACAUAGGAUUGCCUCCACAGUGCGUCCUCACGUUCAGUUGAAAAAGAACGGCCGGCUUGUCUUUUCAAUUUAUGAUACAGGUGACAACAAUUACCAUCAGUCUAGCAACUCAGCUGUUAUUAAUCUGGCUUUGGGAGAUAGAGUUUGGCUUGAGUUUGGCAGUAAUAACAGAGGAAUUUACAGUGAUGCUAACAGGUAUUCGUUUUUCUCUGGCUUUUUAAUUUUUCCAGUGUAAAGCAAUAUUGGAAAGGGGCCACUGUCCUUGUUACUGAAAGCACGUAUGAUACAGUGAUCAAAGCCUGCUUCUUUAAGAGUUAAUUGAGAUGGAUAAUCAUGAAGUGUAUGUACUAUUGUACAAAAAAAUCAAGGGAAUAUUUGGAAGUUAAGUAAUCUCAUAUUUUUCUUCUUUAGGAAGAGCUUUCUUGCCGUGGCUUUCUCAUCUCCUGAAAAAUUACCCAUGCAAAUCUACGAUGUUGAAAAUUGUGUUAGAUGAGAAAGGUCAUGCAAACAGCUUUUUCAUCGUCUGUGGCUGCAGGAUGGAAUUACGCGUUCAGCAAGAGCUACCUUAUUAUGUUUUGCUCACCUGACGUCACUCUCUACAGAUUGCCAUUAGCACUGAUAUUUUGGACAUCAAUAUUCCGUGGCGAGAAUUCGCGGGGCCGUACUUCGAACACAUUUGGUAUUUGGAUUAACACGCAAUUAAAGUGCUGAAUAUUCUGCACGCUACGCGCAAAAGUACCAAAAAUGCUGAAUGCGCAGUUUAAAUUUUCUUACUAAGGGAUGGUGGUGGGAGAGAUCCUUACCUCUGUAAAAGGCCCAAAGCUCACAUUAAGAACUUUUAUUUUUAUAUUUGUUACUUGUAUUUAUUUGGCCUCCUUAAAAAAAAACAGCCUCUCCCUUUCCGAAUAAUUCAUUCUUUAUACACCCUACUACAUGUAGAAGAACUCCAAGUCACUACUCCGUGUGACUUGAAGCCAUUUUGAUCCUUUAACGGAAAUUCCGCCGUUUCUUGCCCCACCAUGCUCGCUCUGCUCAGCUAAUUUGAUCAGUUUUUUGUCGUGCACCACCGAAUCCUUGUCCUUUUUAGAAUGGAAAGGGCGUUGGCUUGGUCGUCAAGUGCUUCGCUUAACAGUUUACUGAUGGACUGGUUGAAUUCAAAUUGGUGCUUAUUCCCAUUUCGUUCCAUUUGAAUUCAGUUACUGAGGAGAGCUUUCGUUGCACGGCUUGAAUUGUCUUCUGAUUCUCUUCAUUGAACACCGCCUUCGUAGCUUUCUGUGUCAAAGAGUUCUGCAAUUCCGCUUGACUCUGUGUGAAAGCUAGAAAGAUUUCUUUGAUUUUCUCUUUAGUUGCCGUCGAUAUGGUAUCAUUAGGGACGUGAGGCAAGUGGAGUAAAGCCGGAGAAUAAAAUAUGUCUCCAGAAAGAGUUUCCAAUCUUUUCGUUUUACAGUUCUGCACUAAAAAAACAACUCUUUACAAUAUGACAGACUACCCCCAUAAAUUUACUCUACUGCUUUGAAGGUCUGCCCUUUCUCUCGCUAAGCGUACUGCUGCCACCGCUCUGCGUAAUUUAUUAUUUCAAAACUGUUUCAGUGAUGACCCCAGUUUUGCAAAUUAUUCUAAAACGACGAUCAGCCAAAUUAAGGACCAGGGAACAUCAAGUAUAUUUAACUGCUUAGGCACCAUUUGAUUUUAAAAUAUGAAUAAAAAAUGCUGAAUAUAAUAUAACUUACUCAAAUUGUUUAGACCCAGAGUUUUUCCUUUUCACGAAGAAGUUUAAAGGUAGAUCCCAUUUCAGCUGCAUAGUUAAUGCUUUCGGAAUAAAUUUAAUUUCCGAGGUACUGGUGAUGAGUCAUUAUCAGAGUGCCACGAGAUGAAGCCAAAUUGUGAUCCAUAUGAGUGGUUGUCCCUUUCUACAGCGUGGUUUUGCUGUGGCUUUGAGUCCAGAAUUUGGGUCUAGAUUUGCGUGCAAUCGAAAUUCGACCAGCUUUCCAAACAGGCGGUGAUUCUAAGUGACUCUCUAGGGCUGGUAUACGGUUUAUCCUGGGGGUAAUACUAAUGUUGCUUACCGCCAGCCGCGUACGUGAGCAAAUAUGCGUGUGUAUAUGGUGCCUUGAGGGGUACCAGAACAAUGGGAAGUACCCCAAAGGGUAUUUGUGGGGUACGGUGAGACCCAGGAAGGUGAAUUUUGUUGAAAUGGGAGUGAUUUGAAUUUUUUUGCGUGUUGUGUUGGAGUUCUGUACACGAGAACAAAGGAAAUAGCCCGCAAGUAUGCCUGUGUAAGGUUGGGUUGGCUGAUUAGUGGUACGAUGCCAAUCAUUCCUGCACACUAGGAUCGGCGAAAUCUCGACCCUAGACUUGCAUCAGGCUCUUGACAAUUGUGCCACUGAAGAUUUGUGCACAAAAAACCUUCAUUUGGUUACUUUUCAGAGCUCGGUUGGCCUCUCCACAGUCCGCCAAUAUGUUAAUUUGCAUUAUGUUUUCUCUGUUUUUAAAUUUCUGUCUACUUUGAGUGAAUAGUGGAAGGACUGCUGAAUAACCCAGCCACUUUUGUGUUAAAUGGCGCAUAAACCAGAGUUGUCUAAAGGAUGUUCAUUAGUUGUGAUCACUAUUGUGACGGAUAACGGAUGUCCACACAAUGAACUUGAAUUGUGAGCUGGUGAUCACGGAUAUGCUUAACACGCUGAACACGAAUGAAUCAACAACGGCAAUUUGUUUAUCUAAUUAAAUUUACGCAAUAUAACUAAUCACAGAAUAACAAACAAUAAACAGGAUGGAUGAUAAUAACCUUGUGUAUAGGUGUACAUGUACAUGACGCCUGAUUAUAUGCAAUAAACCCUAUACCUGGACAUGUGCUUACAA